UAUGUGGUGAAGGUGAGUUGGGGAAAGUGAAGAGAAGAUAUGCUUAUUCUUAUUAUUAUCCAUUAAUUUUGUUUCUUUGUUGAACAACAGUUUGAUUUUGAGGUAUGGAAGGGUUGGCGGUUCCAUUCCCAAAUCUCUUGCUUCCAAAAGUUGCCGCCGAUGCUUCUACUUGUACUUCCAUUUCCAUUUCCACUUCCACUUCCACUCUCACUCCCACUGGAUUUCUCUCUCUCAAACAACUUGGCCGACGUCGUCGUUUUGCCUUUUGUACAUCAUCGCAGUCGCAACCGCAAUCGCAACCUCAACACCCAGCCGAACAAGUGAUCACAACAGGGAAUGUGAGUGGAGAUUCCAUACGGCAAAGAUUUCUUAGUUUUUAUGCUUCCCGCGGUCACAAGGUCCUUCCCAGUGCUUCUCUCGUCCCAGAUGACCCCACUGUUCUCCUCACUAUCGCUGGUAUGCUUCAAUUCAAGCCUAUCUUCCUUGGUAAUGUUCCCAGAGAAUUGCCUCGUGCUACUACUUCUCAAAGGUGCAUACGUACUAAUGAUAUCAACAACGUUGGCCAAACCUCACGACAUCAUACCUUCUUUGAAAUGCUUGGAAACUUCAGCUUUGGUGAUUACUUCAAAAAACAAGCUAUUCAAUGGGCCUGGGAAUUAUCUACCAUUGAGUUUGCUUUGCCGCCAGAGAGAUUAUGGAUUAGUGUUUAUAAAGAUGAUCAUGAGGCUUUUCAGUUAUGGUCUCAACAGAUUGGUGUCCCUGCUGAGCGAAUUAAGAGCUUGGGUGAAGAUGACAACUUUUGGACUAGUGGAGCCACCGGUCCCUGUGGUCCUUGCUCCGAAAUAUAUUAUGACUUUCAUCCUGAGAGGGGAUACACUGAUGCCGAUCUUGGUGAUGAUACACGGUUUAUAGAGUUCUACAAUUUAGUAUUCAUGCAAUACAACAAAAAAGAUGAUGGUUCUCUUGAACCUCUAAAGCAAAAGAACAUAGAUACUGGGCUUGGUUUGGAGCGCAUGGCUCGCAUUCUUCAAAAGGUUCCCAACAACUAUGAAACGGACUUGAUUCUCCCCAUCAUAGAGAAGGCAUCUGAAUUAGCAAAUGUUUCAUAUGGCAUUUCUGAUGAUUUGACAAAGAGGUAUCUAAAAAUUGUAGGAGAUCACAUGCGUGCAAUUGUGUUUCUCGUCUCUGAUGGUGUUGUCCCAUCAAAUGUUGGGAGGGGUUAUGUAGUUCGACGGCUUAUUAGAAGGGUCGUUCGUACAGGCAGAUUGCUUGGUAUAAAAGGUGAUGGUAGGGGAGACCUUGAUGGAGCAUUUUUACCCAUUAUUGCUGAGAAAGUAGUAGAAUUAAGUACACACAUUGAUGCUGAUGUGAAGAAUAGAGCUCCCCGAAUCCUUGAGGAGUUGAAGAGAGAAGAGCUUCGGUUUGUGCAGACACUGGAAAGAGGAGAAAAGUUGCUCGAGGAGAAGCUUGCUGAUGCUAUAUCAAGAGCUGAAAGAAAUGGAACUGUGCCUUGCUUGGCUGGUGAAGAUGUGUUUAUUUUGUAUGAUACCUACGGUUUCCCAAUGGAAAUAACAAAAGAAGUGGGGGAAGAACGUGGUGUUAGUAUUGACAUGAAUGGUUUUGAUAUUGAGAUGGAGAAGCAAAGGCGACAAUCACAAGCUGCACACAAUACCGUCAAGCUUGCCAUUGGAAGUGGGGCAAAUAUUGUAGACAAUGUUCCUGACACUGAGUUUGUUGGAUAUGACAGUCUUUAUUGUAAUGCAAUUGUAGCAAGCCUAGUGGUAAAUGGUGAUCCAGCUGUACAGGUUAGUGAAGGUAGUAAUGUGGAAGUUUUGCUGAACAAGACUCCAUUUUAUGCUGAAUCAGGAGGACAAAUUGGAGAUCAUGGUUUUCUAUAUAUUUCAGAAGGCAAGAAUCAACCUCGGGCUGUUGUGGAGAUAAUAGAUGUUCAGAAGUCUUUUGGUAAUAUAUUUGUUCACAAGGGUACUGUCCAAAAGGGUGUUGUAGAUGUUGGUAUACAAGUGGAAGCAACAGUGAAUGUAAAGUUGAGGCAACGAGCUAAGGUUCAUCAUACUGCUACUCAUUUACUACAAGCUGCACUUAAAGAAGUCAUCGGUCAGGAGACCUCUCAAGCUGGUUCUUUGGUUGCAUUUGAUCGUCUCAGAUUUGAUUUCAACUUCCACCGCCCACUUCUUGAUAAUGAGCUUGCAAAAAUUGAAAUGCUGAUCAACGGAUGGAUUGAGGAUGCAAUUCUUCUUCAGACCAAAGUGAUGCCUCUUUCUGACGCAAAAAAAGCAGGGGCUAUUGCAAUGUUUGGAGAAAAAUAUGGUGAAGAGGUACGUGUUGUAGAGGUUCCUGGAGUAUCAAUGGAACUUUGUGGUGGGACUCACGUCAGUAAUACUUCUGAAAUUCGUGGUUUUAAAAUAAUUUCAGAGCAGGGUAUUGCAUCUGGAGUCAGGCGAAUUGAAGCUGUAGCUGGGGAAGCUUUCAUUGAGUAUGUCAAUGCCCGAGAUUCUUAUCUGAAACAGCUAUGUUCCACUCUCAAAGUUAAACCUGAAGAAGUAACUGCAAGGGUGGAAAACCUUUUAGAGGAGUUACGGGUAGCAAGAAAUGAAAACUUGGCUGUGCGUGCGAAAGCAGCAGUCUACAAAGCUUCAGUUAUUGCAAGCAAAAUGUUUUUGGUUGGGAAUUCAAAACAGUACAGGGUACUAGUUGAGUGCUUGGAUGAUGUUGAUGCGGAGUCACUUAAAAGUGCUGCAGAAUAUUUAAUGGAAACACUAGCAGAUCCAGCAGCUAUUGUCCUGGGGUCAUGUCCAGGUGAAGGGAAGGUUAGUCUAGUGGCUGCUUUUACUCCAGGGGUGGUGGAUCAAGGGAUUCAGGCAGGUAAAUUUAUUGGACAGAUAGCAAAAUUAUGUGGUGGCGGAGGUGGUGGAAGGCCUAAUUUCGCUCAAGCUGGUGGGAGAAAGCCUGAAAAUUUGGCUGGUGCCCUCGAGAAGGCUAAGUCAGAGCUUAUAGCUAAUCUUUGUGAAAAAGGGAACUGAGUCCACAGAUACUUGACAAAUAUUUUAAUGUUAAUUAACGCAAUAGAUAAUAUUGAUUCUUUGUUUUGGAGACUACAGUACAUCACCAGAGGGUCAGAAGCUUAAGUACAGAUUUUUCUUUCAGUUCCAGGAAGCUUAUAAUUGAAAAUUCCAAAUAGGGUAUAGCGCUUGUAAAAAUGUGACCGUACGUAGUAUCCUGACACAAGCAAGCCUGCGCUGGCGCAUACGAUCCCAACAUGUAAAUUUUGACUUGCACAUCUCAGAUGGAUGUAAGUCUUUGUAACUAUAAUUAUACAUGAAGCUGGACUUUUCUUUACCGUGUAUAAAAUAGCUCAAAUAUCUUUUCCCUUAGCA